GUGUAGUGUGUGUGGAGGCAAGCGAGGAGCAGGCUGACAAAUAAAAAACAAACUUUACUCUCAAACACAUCCAACCAUCGCAGUUGAUUCGUGCCUGUGAACGCAGAUCUGGAUUAUGCACCCAGGAUCAGAGAAGAUCUUUCUGCCUGAUCACAGCUUGUAUUUGUAAUUUCUGCGCUUUAGUACAGAGCGCAGUUUCCGGAUAUCAGCCCACUGUUUUUGGGAAGAUUUUUUGCUCUGCAUCUGUUGGGAUUUUUUUAUUUAUUUUUUUUUUUUUUAGCUCUUCCUGUCGUUUAUUUGUCACAAUUUAAAAAAUUCAUCUUCACAAAUCCUGCAGCCACAUCCAGAACAUGGAGAGAUAACAAGGAUGAAAUCUUCGCUUGCAGAGAGAAGUUGAGCUCCGUGCUCGAGUUCAACAGGGCCACUUCCUGAUGAUGACAGUAAACAUGGAUGACGGUCUCCAAAAUGGACCCGGACAGCACAGGAACUCACAAGAUGAUGAGGACGCGCUUAACUCCAUUAUGAAUGACCUGGCAGCCCUGGGUCGCUGCUACACCCAGCACAACAGCCACAAGCCAAAAAGCAGAACUUUACUCUACAAACAGGAUUUAAGAGUCAAGCUGGAGCAUGAGAGAGAAAAACGAAUCAUCCCGUUCCAGAGGCCGCUGAAGAUCAAGGAGCUGCUGCAGAAAGUGACCGAGGCCUUUGGCCAGCAGAUGGACAUGUUCUUCAUGGAGAAAGAGUUGCUGCUGCCCCUGAAGACGCAGGAGGACCUGGAUCAGGCGGUGCUGACGUUGGGCUCCACCUCGGGGAUCAACGGGCUGCUCAGGAUACUGCUCAAGACGCCCAAGAACAACCAUUACCUACAGGUUAACAGCAGGGACAAACAGAGUGAGAUGAGGUCAUCACGGUCACUGGGAGAUCUGAAGGGCUCCCUGCUCAAGGGCUCGGAGAGGGUGCGCAAACACUCGACAGGGUCCCUGCACACAGGUCGGACAUCCCCGCCUCCUGGCAGCGUCCCAGAGGAGCAGCAGCAGAUAGCCCGCCAGGGCUCCUACACCAGCAUCCACAGCGAAGGGGAGUUCAUCCCAGAGACCCACGACCAGAAUAUGCUGGAUCCCUUUGGAAGCGCAGACAACUCGCUGUCGAGCAGCUGUCAAUCAAUAGAUCAAGCACUGGACAGUCCUCCUUUCUCGCAGAACAACCGUGACAAUAAUUACCUGAACCUCAACUAUGAAUACAAAGGACGCCACGGGAAAGGGGGGACUUUCCCUCGCCAGUUCCAGUUGCCCAAUCGCAGCAAGGAUUACGGAGACCGUCGCAGGACACUUCCGCGCAGCUUCAUGCCGCAGGAGAACCUGUUUCAGCUGGUUCCUUCCAGUCGCACGCGCAGUUAUACCGGAGAAGGUACGCUGCAGUACAGCGACCUGCGCUCACUGGGCCGCACCGCUGACAAAAGUUGCCAGCGUGGUACAGCCAAGUCACCGCGGGCGCCAGUCAACUGGCGACAAGGAAAGCUCCUGGGGCGCGGGGCAUUCGGGGAGGUCUACCUCUGUUAUGACGCCGACACAGGCCGCGAGCUGGCCGCCAAACAGGUGCCCUUUGAUCCCGACUGUCACGAAACCAGCAAGGAGGUGAACGCUCUGGAGUGUGAGAUUCAGCUGCUGAAGAAUCUGCGUCACGAGCGGAUCGUUCAGUACUAUGGUUGUCUUCGGGACCUCGAUCAGAAGAAGCUCACCAUUUUUGUCGAGUUCAUGCCUGGGGGCUCGAUAAAGGACCAGCUGAAAGCCUAUGGGGCCCUCACAGAGAAGGUGACGAGGAGAUACACCAGACAGAUCCUCCAAGGAGUCUCCUACCUGCACAGCAACAUGAUUGUACACAGAGACAUCAAAGGUGCUAACAUCCUGAGAGACUCAUCAGGGAACGUGAAGCUGGGAGACUUUGGAGCCAGCAAACGUAUCCAGACCAUCUGCAUGUCUGGUACGGGUAUCAAGUCUGUCACUGGCACCCCCUACUGGAUGAGCCCAGAAGUCAUCAACGGGGAGGGUUAUGGCCGCAAAGCUGAUGUAUGGAGUGUCGCGUGUACCGUUGUGGAAAUGUUGACCCAGAAACCUCCGUGGGCCGAGUACGAGGCCAUGGCAGCCAUUUUUAAGAUUGCCACCCAGCCUACGAAGCCCAUGCUCCCUGAGAGCGUGUCCGACACGUGCAAGGACUUCCUGCGGCAGGUGUUUGUGGAGGAGAAGUGGCGGCCCACUGCGGAUGUUCUGCUCAGCCACCCGUUCGUCCAGGGCAGCUUCUGAAGCCGGCGGGCUCCCCCUCCCCUCCCCUGCCUGUGAGGCCUUCCGCAGCCCCGGCGCCUCCCCUCCUCUCCGGCCCGCCCCGUCCCCAGGGCCCCCUCCCCUCUCCUCCGUCAGCAGGCUCCAGGGCUCAGCAUCACUCCAACUUUCCUGCCCUGUCAUCUAUCACCAGUGUCUGCCUUGUCAGGACCCCUGCAUCUCUCACCAAGUAGCUCAACCCGGAUUUUUUCACAGGGAGGCCAGGUUGAUUGUGUCAGACCUCCAGAGUCCUUCGAGGCAUCGCAGUGUUGUUCCCCAAGGAGGGACUUGACGAGAACACACUUAGCAGUCUCACAGAGCUAUAGACUGCUGUCCUUUAACAAGAGCAGGAAACGCGACCCAAGUUAGAGAGCAGUGACGUCUCAAGCUUCCUGGGUCUUUACACUCAUUUACUGCCACAGAACAGUGUCGAGGUUCAGUCCAGAUGCUACGUUAUCGUGACUGACUGAUGGCAUGUGACAGUACUGUAAGUUACUCAUCAGCGUAAGUUAGCUUUGAAAUAAGCUUCAAAUAUUUUUAUAUGACAGACAAUAAACGCGUAAAAAGUCAUCUUAGCAAAGGAGUUUUCUACCGUCACCUAAAUCAUGUAGAUGUAUUUUUCGUCAAACGCCUUACAAUAAGAAUUUGUAAGCAAGAAUGUCUUUUUUUUAAUAAAAACAUCUUAGCGGGUUUGCGUUACCCUACUUUCAUAGCACUCACAAGCCCAUUUUAGAAGGAUUGUCAACAUUGCACUUUUGAUAUCAUGCAUUGAAAGAUUUCCAACAUGCAGGAUAAUCAACUGAGGAGAUAUUUUUCUAUUUGAAGCAUUUUUUUUAAAUAUAAUUUCAUAAGGAGAAAUGUGUAGUUUGUUUCAGAUGUAAAGAGAGAGAUAGGGAAAAAAAAGAACCAAACUUUAGCAUUAGUGUGCAGUGAAUAUUAAGCAAUACCAACACUACUGUUGCAGUCUGUGACAUCCAUUCCAGCUUCCCAUCCAGUGAGCCGUGGGUCAACAGAAGCAAAACAGUGGCCAAAGAAAAGUUACAGAAACGUUCAGCAAACGUUAGGCUAAAGUUAAUGUGCAGUAUUAGUUAUGUUGGAUUGUUUUGUCACCUCAAAAGCCCGAUAGCCUUUUUUCUAUGUUAUGGCAGCUUUGUGCACAGUAGACUGCACAGACCAAAUCAGAUGCAUUGACGUCACGUUGUUUCCGAAUGAAAAAGAAUUAUGAACGUCUCAUUUUUACGGUUUUGUUGUAUGAAUCCAGUCACCCCAUGCCUUUACUUUGCUUCCCAACGCUAUACGAAUGGGUCACCUAAUGACAGCACACCUCGCUCUGUGUAAUGUCACGUGUGACAAAGCGCCAAAAAAAAAAAAAAAAAAAAGGGUCAAGUUGGAAAGACGAAGCUAAAUGCUGUAUUCUUUAAAGUGGAGUUGAGAUGAAACUAUAACAGGGGAGAUUGAUGUUGGAGAUGUAGUUGCUAGCUGCAAUACAGUGGCACUUAAGAAAUGAUCAAAUGUUUUGACCCUUGUCAGUGCCUUAUCUGAAUCUGCUUGUAAACACAAAUGUUCACUGCCAAAGCGGAAAGCUUCUCAAUAAGGUGAGCAGCUGUUCAGUAGAGAGCACACACAGGAUUUGCUGAAGUUCUUUUAUAUGGAAAAAAAAAAAAAAAGAUUAUACUGUAAAUACAUAUUGUUCUGCACUUUUGUAUGAAAUUUCUUUACAUUAUAUACAAAUCUAUUUGAUGAAAUAGCUACAUUAUACAGUAGGUUGUACUGUGAUUUUAGACAGGAGUAUGUAAUGACUGUCUUAUUUGAGAGCUGGUAGGCAGUGUGAAAAGGCUGGGAGGCUUUCGAUUGGGACAGAGUUUGUUUUGUCUUAAUGACAAAGCCUUGAAACAUGAAAUGUAUCAAGUCAUUGAUCUUUUGUACAUUUAACUUAAUAAAUCCAAGGUCUAAGACUA